GCGGCUGCCCGGAGCAAGAUGGCGGCGGUCUCAAUGUCAGCGGCGCUGAGACAAGCAGUAUGGGGGAAAAGGGCCGCGGUUAACGCCGCCGUGUGUGUUUCCCGGGUCCCGACCAGGUUGUUGAGCACUUCCACAUGGAAGAUGACACCAGAGCAAACUCGAGAAAAGCAACUCAUAAUAGUUGAUGAAAAAUUGGAUAUCACUACUUUAACUGGUGUUCCAGAAGAACAUAUUAAAACUAGAAAAGUUCGGAUCUUUGUUCCUGCUCGCAAUAACAUGCAAUCUGGAGUAAACAACACAAAGAAGUGGAAGAUGGAGUUUGAUACCAGAGAGCGCUGGGAAAAUCCUUUGAUGGGUUGGGCAUCAACAGCUGAUCCCUUGUCCAACAUGGUUUUAAACUUUACUACUAAAGAUGAUGCCAUUGCCUUUGCCGAAAAAAAUGGAUGGCGCUAUGAUGUUGAAGAGAGGAAGGUUCCAAAACCUAAGUCCAAGUCUUAUGGCGCAAACUUUUCUUGGAACAAAAGAACAAGAGUCUCCACAAAGUAGAUUGGCACUCACUCUCUCUCUCUGCUCAACUGUGCAUAGAGUCAGCUGUGCAGUAUUUAUAGUUCGUGUAUAACACAUCACUCUCAAUUUCCUAAUAAAUUUGACCUUUCAAAUACAAAUAA